UAAAUGGUCAUAAUUAACGCUGCCAGCUGAUUUUUCAUUCAAAUACUUCUACAGAUGUCUUAUGAAAGCUCUUUCCAGGCUCCGAACCUUUGCAAAUCCGUUGGGUUCGCAACCGUGUUGCCGUCACCGAUUCCAAUUCAUUCCAAUACAUUCGAAAUGGUCACGACGUCCGUUUGGUGAUUGCCGAUGCUUUCCCAGAAGAUGGAGGAGAGUACGCGGUGGAAGCUCGCAAUCAGUAUGGAACGGCCCGAUGUAUCAUGAGACUUGAUAUUCACAGUCACGAACGAUCUUUAGCUGAGGACGCACCUCGUAUCAUAAAUGCACCUCAGCUUGUCAAAGCAGGUCCUGGAGAAGUGGCCGAGCUCACAGCUCGAGUCACCGGACAUCCUGAUCCAGUAAUUGCUUGGGCAAAAGCUAACGAAGCUAUAACGAAUUCUGAAAAAUAUACUAUUGCACUUUGA